AUGGGGACUGUGGCACUGGCACUGUCCCUGCUGGCCAUGGCUCUCCCAUGCCCGGCCACUGCCACACUACGCGUCAGUGCCUUCAACAUCCAGGCAUUCGGAGACACCAAGAUGUCCAACGAGGAAGUGGCGGGCAUCAUCAUCAGCAUCCUGAGCCGCUAUGAUGUGGCACUGGUGCAGGAGGUGCGAGACUCCGACCUCAGCGCUGUCACCCAGCUCAUGGAGCAGCUUAACAGCAUGUCCACAUCCCUGUAUGACUACGAGAUCAGUGACCCCCUGGGACGGGACAACUACAAGGAGAUGUACCUCUUCAUCUACAGGACAGAUGUUGUGUCUGUGGUGGACACCUACCAAUAUGAGGACCCCCAGGAUGUCUUCAGCCGGGAGCCGUUCAUCCUGAGGGUCUCAGUGCCCCACACCAAGGCAGAGGAGUUUGUGCUGGUGCCACUGCACUCGGCCCCGCACGAUGCCGUUGCUGAGAUCGAUGCGCUCUACGAUGUCUACGUGGCCAUCAUCAGCAAGUGGGGGACUGACAACAUCAUGUUCCUUGGCGACUUCAACGCUGACUGCGCCUACGUCCAGCCGAGUGACUGGUCAGCCAUCCGCCUGCGCACCAGCGAUGUCUUCAAGUGGCUGAUCCCCGACAGUGCCGAUACCACCGUGGGGAAGUCGGACUGCGCCUACGACAGGAUUGUGGUGUGUGGUGCCAAGCUGAAGAGAAGCAUUGUGCCAAAUUCAGCUGCCAUCUACAAUUUCCAGCACACUUUCCAGCUGGAGCAGGAGGAGGCCCUGGCAGUCAGUGACCACUACCCGGUCGAGGUGAAGCUGACAGCUUGA